AUGCAGCUGCUGCUGUGGCUGUGCGUGAUACUCCUGCUCCUCUGUCACUUUGGCGCCAGCCAAGCUAAUAUUCUGAACACCCUGCUGGGCGUGCCCGCGGAAUGCGUCCACCAGAGCGGCGUUUGGCCCUGCAAGCUGAGCUUCUCCUGUUGGCUGCAAGGCGGCAAGCACGCCAAGGGAUGUGGCAGCAACAAGUGGCUCUUCAGCUGCUGCGUCUCCGAUCCGCAGAGCCAGCACCUGCACCACUCCCCCUCCCCACUGGCCAAUCUGCUGGACUACGGCCAGUUGAAGCUGAAUCUCAACAGCCUGCCCAAGCGGAUCAUGCUGCGCCGACGUGACGACAACGAGCUCCUCAAUCUCAAGCCCGAAUGUGGACUACCCCGAACGGCGCAGAACACUCUGCAGAAGCGCAUCAUCGGCGGUAGACCUGCCCAGUUCGCCGAGUACCCCUGGCAGGCGCACAUCCGCAUCGCGGAGUACCAGUGCGGCGGGGUGCUCAUCUCGGCCAACAUGGUGGCCACCGCCGCCCACUGCAUCCAGCAGGCCCAGCUGGCGGACAUCACCGUCUACCUGGGGGAGCUGGACACCCAGGAUCUGGGCCACAUCCACGAGCCGCUGCCCGUGGAGAAGCACAGCGUGCUGCAGAAGAUCAUCCAUCCCCGCUUCAACUUCCGCAUGACCCAGCCGGACCGCUAUGACCUGGCCCUGCUGAAGUUGGCCCAGCCGACGGCCUUCACGGAGCACAUUCUGCCCAUCUGCCUGCCUUCAUAUCCCAUCCGGUUGAUCGGGCGGAAGGGUUUGAUAGCCGGAUGGGGCAAGACGGAGGCGCACAUGGGCCACGCCGGCACCAACAUGCUGCAGGUGGCCAGUGUUCCCAUUAUAACCACCUUGGACUGCGUCCGCUGGCACGAGAGCAAGCAGAUCAAUGUGGAGAUCAAGGCGGAGAUGUUCUGUGCCGGCCAUUCCGAUGGCCAUAUGGAUGCGUGCUUGGGAGACUCUGGAGGUCCUUUGGUGAUCAAGGAGCGCGGGCGCUUUGUGCUCGUGGGCAUAACCAGUGCGGGCUUUGGCUGCGGAGUAGAUCAUCAGCCAGGCAUCUAUCACAACGUUCAGAAGACUGUGCGGUGGAUCCAGGAAGUGGUGACCCGCAACGACAACUACAAUUCGGUUUACAACGAGGUGAUACCGCCGGAGCUCAAACAGGCCAUUGAUAAGGAGCUACCCAAGGAGGCCAAGUUCUUCGAUGAUCUGGAUUCAUUCGAAAGUGUUAACAGCAAUCGCCGUGAUUCGGCCAUUUUCCCAAAGAUUAUAGAUUAUUUGGCUUUUGGUUUGUGUAGCGAAGAUUACGAUUUUCUAUUUUCGCAGCGGCAAAAGAAACUGCGCAUGCGUGAAGCGCCCAAUGGAAUUGAAAGUGAAAUCCUUGGUGAACUAGUGGCAGGACAGCCAGAGCAGCUCCGGCUGAAAAUCAUAAUCAUAAGCCAAGAAAGCGAAAGUGCAACUACCCCAAUCGAAAGUGAAAGUGCGCGUGGAGCAACCCCCCCAGUGAAUCCAGUCCUUUCACUUGCCAUGCUGCCACUGCCCAGGCACUCCAAGGACACCUGGCUAAGGUUGGGGGUCCUCAUGAUAUCCCUGAUAUCCCCCCUGAUAGCCUCCAAAGGAGCAGAUGCCCUGGGCUAUCCCAGUGCCCAGCAGGAACACGACAUGCUCAUCCUGGACGCCCUGUCGCGCAGAAGUGGCACUGGUUACUAUGGCGAGAACAGCGUGAUGGAGAUGCUUUCCCGAAUGAUACCGCAGUCGUGCCGCUUUCGUGGCCACAAGUUCGAGUGCGGCCUGUCCAUCUCAUGUGUCUUGGGCGGCGGCAAGCCCCUGGAUCUCUGCUCCGGCGGCAUGAUCUGGUCGUGUUGCGUGGACAAAGACCUCGACGCCGAGGAGAGUCCGCAUGCCGCCCCGGUUAACAACACCAGCGACAUAAUACACUUGCAUGACAUUUAUCCCGACCUGGCGACGAAUGCCAACAAGCCGCAGCACCACCUGCACCAAAGCCACCACCACAGUGGCAACGGCCUGUCAGCGGCCCCAUCCACCUCAUCCACGGCUUCCUCCGCCGCACGACCGGCUUACCCCAGCAGCAGCUACUACGGCACCAAGCGACCCACCCUCUACAGUGGUUCUAAUCCUUACAAGCCAGGCGGAUCCAGUGGAGGAUCCAGCCGCCCAUCCUCCUCCUCCUCCAGCCUGAACAGCUGGGAGCACGAGAACGGUGGCCAUCUGGGCUCCGUCAAUGGGAUCACCAACCACCUGGACAGCUUCUUUGAUGCGGAGUCCCCUCAGCAAUUGGACACGCCUGGAGCACCACCAUCCCAUGAGCCACUGCCCAAUGCCCAGGCCUUUGCGGUGGGCAAUGUCUUGGACUUGAACGCUGGCGAGGCAGCGGAGGAGUACCAGAGUGGAGGCUACCACGAUGCCAGCUAUCGUCCAGUGCCCGGCUGCGGCGAGGUCUACACCCGAUCCAAUCGCAUUGUGGGUGGCCAUUCCACGGGCUUUGGCUCUCAUCCCUGGCAGGUGGCUCUAAUUAAGAGUGGAUUCCUCACUAGAAAACUCAGCUGCGGUGGUGCAUUGAUCUCCAAUCGAUGGGUGGUCACGGCAGCCCAUUGUGUAGCCACCACCACCAACUCCAACAUGAAGAUUCGCCUGGGCGAAUGGGAUGUGCGUGGGCAAGAGGAGCGGCUGAACCACGAGGAGUAUGGCAUUGAGAGGAAGGAGGUGCACCCCCACUAUAAUCCCGCCGACUUCAAGAACGACGUGGCCCUCAUCCGUUUGGAUAGGAAUGUGGUCUACAAGCAGCACAUCAUACCCGUCUGUCUGCCACCCUCGACCACCAAAUUAACGGGCAAAAUGGCCACAGUGGCUGGGUGGGGGCGAACCCGACAUGGCCAGAGCACAGUGCCCUCGGUGCUGCAAGAGGUGGAUGUGGAGGUGAUCUCCAAUGAUCGCUGUCAGCGAUGGUUCCGUGCGGCCGGAAGACGAGAGGCCAUCCAUGAUGUCUUCUUGUGCGCCGGCUACAAGGAUGGCGGGCGGGACUCCUGCCAGGGCGACAGCGGCGGGCCGCUUACGCUGACCAUGGACGGGCGGAAGACCCUGAUUGGGCUCGUGUCCUGGGGCAUCGGCUGUGGGCGGGAGCACCUGCCCGGCGUCUACACCAACAUCCAGCGCUUUGUGCCCUGGAUCAACAAGGUCAUGGCCAAUGACAAUGCGUAGGAGCCACUGCAGCACGGAGAUGCAUCCCGUUAGCCAGGCCAUGUGAUUCCUCUACGACUCGGGGUUGCUAGUGUGUAAGACCAAGGUCCUUUGUGGGCCUUGUAUUUAUUUCACCCAUAUUCCAUCUCCCAGGGAUCCCUGCCCUUAACUCACUUCGAUACUAUCGCCCUUCAUUCGUUUCUCAUUGCAUUACACGCAUUCGAUUUAGGCUUUCCAUAUUUAUUAUACACUGAUCGACGAAAGAUUCCUACAUAUGAG